AUGGAGAACAAGCGCUCAAGGACCGGUGGUGCGCCAGCUACUGUGCAACCGUCCGAGAAGGCAGCACAGUCGCGACCUCAGGUGCUGCAGCGAACUGGUCGAAGCACGAGCUCCGGCCCGCUCGCUGCAGAAGUCUCGAGCGCGAUGAGCGCCAUUCCCGCACUCGUAUCGCAAAAGUUUCAGCGCGGAGCGCGUGAGGGGGCGGGCCCUACGAAACCCUUCAAAUCAGAGGAACAGUCCAGUGAAGCAGUACGCACUUUAGCCGAACACGUGCGCCAACUGCGCCAGAAGAAGCAGGAGGAAGGCAGCGUGCGAACCACUGAAAGCUCGGCGGACAACGGCUUGCGCAGACCUCAUAAGAACGCACCAGCUGUUAUGGAUGCAGGAGGUAAGCUCUCUACGCGAAACGCGCGCCAAGUUGUAAGCCAGCGGGUUGCGAAACCGGUUGAUCCUCGGUUUGACCCGCUCUGCGGCCGAUUCGAUGAGAACGUCUUCGAGCAGCGAUACAGUUUUCUCCGAGACCUUCGUCGAAAAGCUUUGGAUGAAGCAAAAAUUAAGCUAGCCGCUCUAGAGAAGCGGUUGAAAAUUGCCCAUGAAUCCGAACGCGAUACGCUGCGCUCGCUGCACAAGGAGUUGCGCUCCGAAGUCGACCGACGUCAGAAUCAAGUUCGACGAGACGAAGUUACCGAGAGCUUCCAAGCGCUACUUAGACGCCACAAACGAGAAGAGACUGAGCAGCUUGCUGCCGGUAGGAAGACGCGUCCCUUCUUUUGGAAACGCAGCAUGAUUCGAGACCAGUUGCAGAAGGAGCGCGACGCGUCAAUGAAAAAGCAUCGAGGUUGGAAACGGCAUCUCGAGCGACGAGAACGCGAAGCUGCCGCUAAGGACCGUAAGCUUCUUCGCGAUUCGGUGUAG